AUGGCCUGCCCCUGCAACAACAACUGCGCCUCUUCGUCGUGCACCUGCGCCUCCGGCAACUGCAAGUGCUCGACCUCCAGCUGCGCUUGCAAGGGCAACAAGCUGCGCGUCGCAACCGUCGUUGGUCUUACCCAGUCGUCCAGCUCCGUACCGCCUUUGGUUCCCGCAUCCAUGUCCGACCUCAGCUCCCAGUUCACUCAUAAGUAG